GUGUGUGUGUGUGUAUGCAUGCGGGACAUGUUCCCUCUUGCAUAUCUUGCAUUUGCUUUCCACUCUUCCGCUGCAGCGUGUUGUCCCGAGCCUUCGUCUCACUUUUGUAAAGAAUGCUGCCGUUCCAGGCAGCACCAGGCCAGUUUGGGCCGGAGAUUCGACAACCAGGUCUAUGGGUGUGGAGGGUGGAGAAGAUGAAGGCGGUGCCGUUGGACCCCUCUGAGGUUGGCGCCUUCUUCAACGGAGACUCCUACCUGGUGCUGCAGAACCGCGGCGAGCUGGGCACAGACCUCCACAUGUGGAUAGGUGAGAAAUCAUCUCGUGAUGAACAAGUGGCAUGUGCCAUGCUGGCCACCCAGCUGGACAACUUCCUGGGUGGUGACCCCAUCCAGCACAGACAAGUCCAGGGUUAUGAGUCCCCAGAGUUCAUGACCCUCUUCCCCAGAGGAGUCAGCUAUAAGGAAGGUGGUGUGGAGUCGGGCUUCAGGCGGGCUCAGGACUCUGGGACGGUGCAUAGAUUGUACCAAAUCAAAGGGAAACGCAACAUUCGUGCCAAGGAAGUGGAGCUGUCCUGGGAGAGCUUUAACAAAGGGGAUUGCUUCAUUUUGGACCUUGGAGAGACCAUAAUUUCGUGGAUCGGCUCCCAGGCCAAUAUCUUUGAGAAGCAGAAGGUGCGGGAGAUCGCCUCACUGAUCCGUGAUACAGAGAGACAUGGUAAAGCCCGCAUCAGCGAUAUCAGUGAGGGGGAAGAGCCACCAGAGAUGCUGAAGGUGUUGGGAUCCAUGCCAGAGCUUGCAGAGAGCACUCCAGAAGAGGACAGCAGAGCAGAUGCCUCCAACUCAGCCUAUCUCUACAAGGUGUCUGAUGCCACGGGUUCAAUGACGAUGACCAAAGUGUCAGAGAAGUCCCCAUUUGCCAAGGAGCUGCUGGUGCGUGAUGACUGUUUCAUCCUGGACAACGGAGCCAACGGGAAGAUCUUUGUCUGGAAAGGUAGUGGAGCCAAUGCCGAGGAGAAGAGAGAGGCCCUAAAGAUGGCGGAUAACUUCAUCAAACAGAUGGACUAUCCGAGGAUGAAGACACAGGUGGAGAUACUUCCACAAGGCAGGGAGACCGUCAUGUUCAAGCAGUUCUUCAAGAGCUGGAACUGAACAUUUGACAUGAAAGUCACAGAUGUUGCACUCGUGAAAUUAUUUCCAAACCAACUAUCUGUUUUUCAGCCUUUUGUCAAGAGAGCAUCUGAUACACAUUGUUUUUUUUUAACGUGUCUUCUUAUGUGUAUAUAUUUGUAAGGUACUCUAUACUAAUAUUAGUUACAUUAGACAUAAGUAGACUCAGGUCUCACAACUUGUGUGUUCAAAAUUUGUCUUAUCAAGAUGCAUCAUGUGGGCAAAAUUGGCCACUCCUUCUACAUGUCAAAUGGUAUUCUAAUUGUUUUAAAGCCAAGAGGACAUUAUAUAAAUUAGCUUGUUUUUUUACAUUUGUUUAAGAGCAUCAUAGAUGUAUUUUCCUACAUUUGAAAAUAUGAAAAUAAAUCCAAAUCUGAGUCAAUUUGCA